AUGUUAAACAAAAAUCGUGAGAAAGGACACGAGCAUCUAUAUCGCGAUUAUAUUGCAGAUAAUUGUAUAUACAGGUCGAAGGACUUCAAAAGAAUAUUUCGUUUGAGUAAGAAUAUGUUCCUACGGAUCGUCAACGCCUUCGAAAGCCGGUAUGAAUUUUUUCAAUUGAGAUAUGAUGCUAGAGGUAGACGAGGGUUUACAACAUUACAGAAAUGUGCCAUGGCCAUUCCUUUGAUGGCUAUGGGGGAGUCACCCGACUCCAUGGACGACUACAUGAGAAUGUCCGAAAGAACUACAAGGGAGAGUUUGUAUACAUUAUCAAGGGGUGUUGUUGAAACAUUUGGAGACGUGUAUUUACGGAAACCUUCGUUGCAUGAUUUGCAAGAAUUGUAUGUGUUGCAUGAAGAACGCCAUGAGUUUCGUGGAAUGAUCGGAAGCAUUGAUUGCACACACUGGAAAUGGAAAAUUGUCCGGUAG